AUGACCACCAAACAAGCCAAAAAGAAAGAAGUGCAUCGUAUCAACUCAGCGCACGGAUCGGAGAAAUCUAAAGAUCAGUACUUUUCUGGCGGUAAUGUACAAUCUAGUUCUGUUGAACAAAAGAAGGGGAAAUUCCCGAUCUGGCCAGAGUGGAGUGAAGCUGACAUAAAUGCAGAAAAGUGGGACGCAGGAAAAGCUGCAAAAGAAAAGGACAAAACAGGCAAAAGCCCUAUAUUUCAUUUUUUUGAAGACCCUGAAGGCAAGAUUGAAUUACCACCCUCCUUGAAAAUUUAUACCUGGAAACGUCCACAGGAUAUUAUAUUUCAUCGAACUCCGGUAGUUGUGAAAAAUGAAAUCACGUUUGAUUUGUUUUCAGCAAAUGAGCAUUUAAUCGGCAGUGAGCUGAUGAGAUGGAUUAUCAGUGAAAUCUAUGCAGUAUGGAAGAUAUUUAAUGGAGCCAUUCUGAAUAAUUAUUUUAAAGGGAAUCCAGGGGAUUCUCCUGUUCUCGCCUGGAAGCCUUGGGAACAUAUAUAUUCUCUGUGCAAGGCUGUGAAGGGUCACAUGCCUUUGUUCAAUAGCUAUGGGAAGUAUAUUGUCAAACUUUACUGGAUGGGUUGCUGGAGAAAAAUAACUAUCGAUGACUUUCUGCCAUUUGAUGAAGAUAACAAUCUCUUGCUUCCAGCUACAACCUAUGACCUCGAACUCUGGCCAAUGCUGUUGUCUAAAGCUAUCAUUAAGCUAGCAAAUGUUGACAUCCACGUGGCACACAGAAGAGAACUGGGGGAGUUUACAGUCAUUCACGCACUCACAGGGUGGUUACCCGAAGUCAUUUCUCUUCACCCAGGGUAUGUGGACAAAGUCUGGGAGCUCUUGAAAGAAAUAUUGCCUGAAUUUAAGCUUCCAAAUGAGCUGGGCUCUGAAAGUAAAAUAACAGUGAUUGAUACCAAAUUAAAAGAACUGGGGAAAGAAGUAAAAGAUGGCAAAGAGGUGAAAGAAGUGAAAGAUGGAAAAGAAGGGAAAGACGUCAGAGAUAACAAACCGGAAAACUCACUGACAACACUCAAAGUGCCUGAGAAAAGUGACAGAGUUCCAAAGGAGAAAGCAGAUGUAAAAGACCUUGGGAAGAAGAGGAGUAAAGAUGGCGAAAAGGAAAAGGAAAAAUUCAAAUUCUCACUUCAUGGUUCAAGACCCUCAUCAGAUGUGCAAUACUCUCUGCAGUCCCUAUCAGACUGUUCUUCGGCAAUACAGUCCCCUCACAUGGUUGUGUACGCUACCUUUACUCCUCUCUAUUUGUUUGAAAAGAAGAUCUUUUCAUUAGAGAAGAUGGCAGAUUCUGCUGAGAAGCUUAGAGAGUAUGGACUGUCCCAUAUCUGUAGCCAUCCUGUGCUGGUAACUAGAACUAGGUCUUGUCCUCUUGUACCACCACCAAAACCGCCUCCCGUACCUCCCUGGAGGCUCAUUCGUCAAAAAAAGGAAACUGUUGUGACAGAUGAAGCCCAAGAACCAAUAGUGAAGAAACCCGAACAGUUUCUUGAGAUUUCAAGUCCCUUUUUGAAUUAUAGAAUGAAUCCUUUUACAAUUCCAACAGAAACGCAUUAUGUACAAUCUUUCAUUAAGAAAGGGAUGCCUCCAGGAUCUGGUUUAUCUACCCUCACUGAGAGUGAUGAAACUGCAAACCUUAGCCUGGCAGACGUGAAUCAAUUAACAGGAAAUGUAUCUCAGGGAAAUGUUGCUUCACAAAUUGUACUUGGAAAAGACGAACAAACAGACCUUGGAUUGAAUGACCCAGCACAUCCACCUGAAGGAAUGAGUUACCAAGAUUUUGUCACCCAGAUGGCAGCAACACAGGAUAAAUCGCAGGAAGAGCUUACAUCAAUAAAUACUACUGUUUCUAAAGAAAUAUGGUUAGAUUAUGAAGACUUCUGUGUAUGUUUCCAGAAUAUAUAUAUUUUCCAUAAGCCAAGUUCAUAUUGUCUUAACUUUCAGAAAACAGAAUUUAAGUUCUCAGAGGAACGUGUGUCCUACCAUCUAUUUGUGGAUAGUCUAAAACCAAUUGAACUACUGGUUUGCUUUUCUGCGUUGGUUCGCUGGGGAGAAUCUGGAGCCUUAACAAAAGACAGUCCUCCCAUAGAGCCUGGGCUACUUAUAGCUGAAAUGCCUUCUUGGAAAUCUCUGAAGACACGCAACCUUGUUCUGAAGAUUCAUACAUAUGCUACUAAGGCCACAAUGGUUCGCCUGCCUGUCGGGAGGCACAUGCUGCUCUUCACUAUAUAUUCCCCCGUAGGACAUUCCAUACAAAUCUGCAGCAUGGUGAAUUUUGUCAUCGGUGAUGAAGAUACUGUGCUGCCCAACUUUGAGCCGGAGAGCUACCGAUUUACAGAUCAGGCUUUAACAAUUAUGAAAGCUAUUGGAAAUGUUAUUGCUAAUUUCAAAGAUAAGGCUAAACUUAAUGCAGCUCUGAAGGAUUUGCAAGCAGCUCACUACCCUGUGUCCCUCCAGGAUAAAGAACUAACUGCUCAACACUUCAGGGUUUUUCAUAUUUCUUUAUGGCGUUUAAUGAAAAAAAUUCAAGUAGUGAAAGCUUCUUCCAACUUCAAGUUUGCAUUUCGUGCUAUGGUUUUGGACUUGGAUUUACUGGAUUCCUCAUUUGAGGAAGGCUCUUUGGUAGAGUGGGUAGAUGUUAAAUAUUCUUCACCAGCAUGCGAUAAACAGUAUUCUCCCGAGGAAGUAGCAGCAGCAGUUAAAAUUCAAUCCAUUUGGCGAGGAACUUACGUUAGAUUACUAAUGAAAGCCAGAAUACCAGACACAAAGGAAAAUAUCAUUGUUUCAGAUACUCUUCAAAAAGUUUGGGCUAUACUGGAAAUGAAUCUAGAACAAUAUGCAGCUUCUCUCUUAAGACUAAUGUUUAAAAGCAAGUGCAAGUCUAUUAAAUCCUAUCCAUGCUACCAAGAUGAAGAAACUAAGAUUGCUUUUGCUGACUAUACAGUGAACUAUCCAGAUCAGCCACCAAAUUCUUGGUUUAUAGUUUUCAGAGAAAUAUUUCUGGUUACUCAAGACAUGAUUGUGGUCCCCAAAGUAUACACUACCCUUCCAGUCUGUAUUCUCCAUGUUGUUAAUAACGACACAAUGGAACAAGUGCCAAAGGUGUUCCAAAAAGUGGUACCUUAUCUCUAUACCAAGAACAAGAAGGGAUACACAUUUGUGGCUGAAGCAUUUACGGGUGAUUCAUUUGUACCAGCUUCCAAAUGGAAACUACGCAUCAUUGACUCUUAUAAUCCACUCCCAUGUCUAUCUCGAGAUUUUCCAAGCAAUACCUUCGCCAUGAAAGAAAUCAGAGAUUAUUACAUACCCAACGAUAAGAAAAUUUUAUUCAGGUAUUCAGUUAAAGGUGCAUUACCACAUCCUGUUACGGUGCAGGUACGCACAUCCAAACCAGAUGCAUUCAUCAAACUACAGAUCCUUGAAAAUGAAGAAUCUAUUGUGAGCGCCAUUGGGAAAGGCCAAGCUAUAAUCCCGGCAUUUAACUUCUUGGGGAAUGAAAAAGAUCUGAGCUCCCAGUCUAGCAAGCAAAUUCUUUUUACUCAUACUCCCUCCAAGAAAGAGCAAGAAUCGUAUAUGAAGAAGAAGUCAGCCAUAGGAAGUCAGAAAGCCUAUAAAAGUAGACCUGGAAGUGCAAUAAUAGACAUGGGUCAGACUGUUAUGGAUGACGAAAUUAUCAGUGUGCCCACUAUAGAAGAAAAUCCUAGCACACCACAGCAGGCUUACAAGUACAUUAUACAGUGUUUGGUGUUGUAUAACAGUUGGCCUCUCACCGAAAGUCAGCUGACAUUCGUCCAAGCACUAAAAGACUUAGAGAAAAAUGAUAUCAAAGCUCAAGCAGAGAAACAUGAGGAAUCAAUUACCUUGGGAAGCCCAGAUUCCCAUACUAUUAGUGAGGGACAAAAGUCUUCAGGGACUUCUAAAACAAGGAAAGGCAAAGAAAAGUCUUCUGAGAAAGAAAAGACAGCCAAAGAAAAACAAGCACCGCGGUUUGAGCCCCAGCUGUCUGCUGCUCAUUCUCAACAAGACGACCCCAAUAAACCCUAUUGGGUUUUAAGGCUGGUCACUGAACACAAUGAAGCUGACUUACUUGAAGUGAAAAAAGAUACAGAACGAGCAGAUGAAAUCCGAGCCAUGAAGCAAGCCUGGGAGAUGACUGAGCCAGGAAGAGCAAUCAAGGCUUCUCAGGCUCGUUUGCAUUACCUCAGCCGGUUCUUUAAGAAGACGACUGAUACUGAGGGUGGCCCAGUGGGUGAAGGUCAAGUUAAACCAGCAGAAGAAGAAACGCCUGCAAUUAUUGUAAAGGAGCUAGACACAAAGAGUGCUGUGAGUUCCGAUGGCAAAGAGGCUGCCCCAGCAGGGAGCAUGCUGUGGAAGAAGUGGCAGAUGAGCAAGAGCGUAAAAGACCUGCCAAAAGCUGUAAGCAGUGAAAGCGGAACUACAGCGUUCUUGGCAACAAAGGAGGAGCGUGAGCAGAGCGCACGCAAGGAAAAUAUCACAGGGCCUCGUUCACGAUCCCCAACGAUUUUGGAAAUGUCUCCACAACUUAUUCAAAAAGAGUUAGAAUGUAUGGACUUAUCUCAAUAUGUGCGGAAAACAAACGCGGACGCCCUGCUGCAGACAGAAGAGCUGAGUCAGCAGCAGGCAAUGCAAAAGGCCGAAGAAGUUCAUCAGUUUCGACAGUAUAGGGCCAGAGUCUUAAGCAUUAGAGACAUUGACCAAGAAGAGCGGUUCAGGUUAAAGGAUGAAGUCCUGGAUAUGUAUGGGGAAAUGCGGAACUCUUUGGAUGAAGCCCGACAGAAGAUCUUCAAUAUCCGGGAAGAAUACAGAAACAAGUUGCUGGAAGCUGAACGCUUAAGGUUAGAAGCACUGGCUGCUGAGGAAGCCGCAGUUAAGAUGGAGUCAGAAAAGAAGACCCCUGUUCCAGAUACACAGAAAAAAAAGAAAGGGAAGAAAAAGUAACCAUAACCUGCUUCUGAAGAAGAAAAACUUUUUUUUCUUUUAAUUUUGUUGAUAAAAUAUUAGGCCAAUUGAAAAUAGAAGUUUUCUUAUUUUAGAAAUCGUUUCUAUAUUUUAAUGUUAACUUGUUAGCUUUUCUCAGAAAGCUAUAUUUGAAGCCAGCAGAGUUUUAAAUGUUCUAAUGUCAACAAAACUGGCUUCACAAUAGUUAGAAUAUAAUAAAAUGAAUGUGUCUCAGUCUGAACUGCCUACAUUUUUAAUUGGUAGUAAAAUGAUCAGAAAUGAGACAAGAUUGCUUUUGAAAAAUUCAGCAAUAAUGAGAAAAAUAGCUAUUGUGGUUAAAGGUGAUUUUGUCUUUAAUUUUAAAGGUUUUAAAAUACUUAAAAAUAUGCUUCAGAAUUGUCUUUUUUUUCUCUCUCUCUCUCCUUAAGUUGAAUUUAAUAAACUUUAUUCAUUGGACAAAAACUAUUCUGGGCUAGGCCGACCUACCCAAAGUGCGAGGAUUCUAAACCUGAGUGGUAAAUCAUGGUAACACAGGCAUGGAGAAUGUGAUCAUAAAAACGUUCC